AUGUCAUCAAUAUACCCAACAAAUACAGGAUUGCUUGAAAAGACUUCAACUCCUAUGAAACAAUAAAGUUGGUGCUCAUAAUUGUUUUUCACAUGGGUGUAUCCAUUAUUAUUUGUAAAAUUAUUAUUACAACAUUAGAUUGGAAAAAAUUAACCGUUGUGUUAGUAAGAUUUGUUUAAGAUCAACUAAAACGAUUCAUCAAUAAUCUCAUAUAAGAGAUUUCAAAAAUUUUUUUCUAAAUACUUUCUAACAUUUAAUGGUUUACAAAAAUCAUUAUUUUUUGCCUUUGUUGGUAAUUUAUUAUCACAUUUUUAAAGGUUAAAUAUCCGUAUGCUUAGUAUUUUAUUUUAUAAGUAUUUCACUCUUUCUUUGUUAACCAUUUAUAACUGAAUAGUCAUAAAAAUUCUUUAUUUAUGAAAUAGAAGAUGAAAAACCUAAAAUAUCAAGCAUGAUUAUAUUUUCAUUAUUGUUCUUUCUUUAUAUGCUUGGUAUAUCUUUGUUAAAGCCUUUUUAGCUUUUUCAACAAGUACAUACACAUUAAAUAAUUAUUAGUCUUUAUUAAGCGUAAAGAUAUAAGGAGCAUUAUAAUAAUAAAUUCUAAUAAAGACUUUAAAGUUUCCAGUAAUAAGAUCACAACAUUACUCUAGUGGAGAGCUUAUAAAUCUUUUAUAGGUUGAUAUUAUGUAAGCAUCGAAUUAUUAUUCAUCUUGUUUUUAAUUGUUUUUGUCACCCAUAUUUUUAAUUGCAACUGUGGCAAUAUUUUAUUUGACAUUAGGAAAAUAAGCAUUGGUUCCAGUGAUAGGUACAGUGAUUUAAACUGUUUUUGGGGUGAUUUUCGGAUAUUAUUAUGGAGUAGUUCAAAAAAAAUAUAUGAAUUGCAAAGAUCUAAGAAUGAAAUCUGUAGAUGAAGCUUUGAUAUUUUCAAAAUAAUUAAAAUUAAAUUGCCUUGAAGAAUAUUUUGAAAGGAGAGUAAUAUUAUUAUAAUAUUAUAGAUAAAAACUCAUAGGGAUUAAGAAUUGACUUAUUUAAAGUAUUAAGUCUACUUAUAAAUAUUGAUGCUUUUUAUGUAAUGUUCCAUAAGUGUUGCAACAUAUGAGUUUUGGUUUUUAUUUGCAGAACAGUUAAAUUUUGGGAUCGUAACAAUAAUGAUGCAAAAUUAUUAAAAUAUUGCAAUGUUAUUAACUGAGUUACCAAAUUAAUUGAGAAACUUUUAGACUUCAAGAAAUUCAAUAAAUAGAUUGUAAAAUUAUUUUCAGUAAAAUGAAAUUUUGGUAAACUCAAAAACAUAAAAUAUUUGUAAUGAAAAUUUAAUAGAAUUUGAAAAUGCUCAAUUUGAUUGGUAAAAUAAUGAUAAAUUUAUUGUUGAUAAAGAAGAUUUGAAUAAAGAAGAGAAUAGAGAUGUUUUUGGGAUUAAUAUAAAUUUGUCAAUUAAAAAAGGCAAAUUUAUAGCAUUUGUUGGAGGGUAUGAAAUUUAUAAGAUUGAUUAGGUCUGCUUCAGGAAAAUCAACUAUUCUAAGAUCUAUUUUAGGAGAAACUAAUCAUACAGGUGGUUAAAUAAAUAUCAAUGGAUCAAUUUCAGUUGCAAUGCAAGAACCAUGGAUAAUUAGUGGAAGUAUAAGAUAAAAUAUAACUUUUUUAAAUCAAUUUGAUAGCAUUAAAUAUAAAAAAGUGAUUUAAAUUUGUGGAUUAGAAAGAGAUUUAAAAUCAUUUAAAAAUGGAGAUGAAACAAUUUUAGGAGAGAAAGGAGACAAUUUAUCUGGAGGUCAAUAGAAAAGAAUUAAUUUAGCUAGAGCCAUAUAUAAUGAUGCAGAUAUUUAUUUAUUAGAUGAUCCUUUGAGUUCUUUAGAUAUCAAAGUAAAAUAUUAAAUACAUUAAUAAUGUUUUAAUGGAUACUUAAAAAAUAAAACAAGAAUUUUAUUUACAAACUCAACUUCUAAUCUUUAGGAAUGCGAUAUGAUAUACAUUUUAGAAAAUGGAUAAAUAGUCAAGUCAGGAACAUUUGCAUAAAUAAAAUAUGAUCUGGAAUAAUAAUAGUCAGAUGAGUAAAAAGAAUAUAUGGAUAUUAAAUUUGAAGAAUUUCAUUAUCCUAAUGAAAUUAACCAAAAAUAAGACUUAAGAGCCAGUUUGAUAGUCCAAGAAGAUUAAUAAUAAGGUUCGAUUUCAAAAGCCGUAUUUAAAUAAAUAUAUACCUAUUUGGGGAAAUAUUGGCUGUUCUUUAUAAUAUUAGCCUAUUUUUUAAUAACUGUUGCUGGAUAAAUGUUUGGUAAUUCUAAAUUAGCCAUGGAUGGAGUAAGUGAUGAUGAAUUUCGAUCAAUAGCAUUGGUUGCAUAUUUAAUAAUUUAAUUUCCUACUUGUACUGCUGUUGUACUAUUAAAACUUUACUUUUUAUAAAGAGGGAUAAGAACUUCAAAAUAGUUGCAUGAAUAAGUUAUAAAUAGUUUAGUAAAUGCUUCAUACACUAAAUUCUACAAUACAAUUCUAAUUGGAAGACUAAUGAAUCGUUUAAGCAAAGAUAUUUAUAAUAUAGAUUUAUUAUUUCCUAAUGAAGUUUAUAAUCUUACAAGUUGGUUAACAACUCUUUUAUUACCGUUAAUUGCUUGUUACUUAUAUUUAAAUUUUAUUGCUCUCCCAAUUUUAAUAGUAUUCUUCAUAUUCAUCAUUUACUUAACCAUAAUAUAUUAUCGAUGUUUAAGAGAAGUAACAAGAAUAGAAUCUGUAUCGAAAUCACCUGUUUUUAGUUUAUUCUAACAAAUUGUUAGGGGUAGCUCAUAUGUAAGAACAAGUGUACCUUAUGAGAAAAUAAUAGGCUAACAAUAAGAAAAUGUCGAUAUUGAUCUGGGUAAUCAAAUUUGCUUAAAUGGAUUCUAGUAUUGGUAUUAAUCAAUUGCUGGAACAUUAACAAAUGUGUUUUAAACAAUCUUAUUUAUUAUUUGUGUAAGCCUAUCUAUUAUAUGUAUAGUUUUUAUACCCUGGUAAAACAUAAAAAAUGACAAAUAUGGUUUUGUCUCAAAUGCAAGUUGUUUCAUAACUUUUAUUAAAUGCAACAGUUUCUUAUGGAAAUUUACAAAUCUAUGGGGUUUCAUUUGAAAGAUGUCUGCAUUUAGCAAAGUAAAAUAUCAAUAUAUAAUUUAGUAAUAUAGAAAUGGAAGAAAGGAACACUAGUUUUAUUACUCCAUCUGAAGAAAAUGAAAAUUAAUAAUAACAGACUAAAAUAAAUGUAAUUGAGUUUGAUAAAUGUUCAUUUUAAUAUAGAUCUAAUUCUAAAUGUAUUUUAUCAAAUAUGACUUUUUCAAUUAAAUUUGCAGAAAAAGUAUUAUUUAUAAAUAUUAUUUUAGAUUGGUAUAGUGGGUAGAACUGGUGCAGGUAAAAGUUCUAUAAUUUUGGCUUUGACCUAAAUUUUAGAUUAAACAGAUGGAUCAAUUACAAUUUAAGGAAAGAAUAUGAAUGCUUAUAAAAUUUCAGAACUCAGAAAAUUAUUUUCUAUUAUUCCUUAAGAUCCACUUGUUUUUAUGGGAUCUCUUAGAAAUAAUUUAGAUCCAGAAAAUAAAUAUGAUGAUAAUGCCAUUAUUUAAGUAUGCGAGAUCUGCUAAUUAUUUGAACUUGAAUCAUUUAAAUAACAGUGUAUUAUUUUUACUAUUUCUUAAGAUUUAAAUAGUGAAAUAUAAGUUCAAGGAAUCAAUUUAAGUUAAGGAGAGAAAUAGUUAUUAAACAUUGCAAGAUGUUUAUUAGAUAAUUAAAAAAUUAUUUUGGUAGAUGAAGCUACAGCAAGUAUUGAUGGUCCAACUGAAGAAAAAAUUAAGAAUGUAAAUCUAAUUAUUUAAAUUAGAUAUUUGAAUAAUAUCUAUCCUAAUGCACAAUUAUAACAAUUGCUCAUAAAGUAACCACUAUUAUGUAAUCUGACAGAAUUAUGGUUCUUGAUGAUGGAAAUAUUAUUGAAUUUGAUACUCCUGAAAAUUUACUUUAAAACCAAAAUAGUGAAUUCAAAUAGAUUGUUGAGUUAAUUAAGCAUUCAGAAAAAUUAUGAAAUAAGGCA